AGUUGGUGCAGCAGCGGUUGGGGUGAGUGCGCUCACCCCACCCCUCCCCUUCUCAGGCCCCGGGCCCCCCCCUCCCACCCUACCCCGCCGGGCCCAGCCCCAGCCUCAGCCGGGCCGGUCCCGUGCGGGCCCGUGCCGCUCCUCAGCCGGCGACGCCCCCGGGCCGCCCGCCCGCCCGCCACCAUGGAGCUGGAGGACGGUGUGGUGUAUCAGGAGGAGCCCGGCGGCUCCGGGGCCGUGAUGUCGGAGCGGGUGUCCGGCCUGGCUGGCUCCAUCUACCGCGAGUUCGAGCGGCUCAUUGGGCGGUACGACGAAGAGGUGGUCAAGGAGCUGAUGCCACUGGUGGUGGCCGUGUUGGAGAACCUGGACUCGGUCUUCGCCCAGGACCAGGAGCACCAGGUGGAGCUGGAGCUGCUGCGGGACGACAACGAGCAGCUCAUCACCCAGUACGAGCGGGAGAAGGCGCUGCGCAAACACGCCGAGGAGAAAUUUAUUGAAUUUGAAGACUCUCAAGAACAGGAAAAAAAGGAUUUACAGACCCGAGUAGAAUCUCUAGAAUCUCAAACAAGACAACUUGAACUCAAAGCAAAAAACUAUGCUGACCAGAUUAGCAGACUUGAAGAAAGAGAAGCAGAACUGAAGAAAGAAUAUAAUGCAUUACAUCAAAGACAUACUGAGAUGAUCCAUAAUUACAUGGAGCACUUAGAAAGAACAAAACUUCAUCAACUCUCAGGGAGUGAUCAACUAGAGUCUACAGCUCAUAGUAGAAUUAGAAAAGAACGCCCUAUAUCAUUAGGGAUUUUCCCAUUACCUGCUGGAGAUGGAUUGCUUACACCUGACACUCAGAAAGGAGGUGAGACCCCAGGAUCAGAGCAGUGGAAAUUUCAGGAAUUAAGUCAACCACGUUCCCAUACCAGUCUGAAGGUCAGCCAUAGUCCUGAAGCUCUGAAGACAGUAGAACAGGAGGAUGAACUUUCUGAUGUUAGCCAAGGUGGAUCUAAAGCCACCACACCAGCAUCAAUAACCAAUUCAGAUGUGUCAGCAAUCCCCCCUGACACUCCAUUAAAAGAAGAUAAUGAAGGACUUGUAAAGGGCACAGAUACACUAAAUAAAUCAGAUGUAAGCAAGCACAUUGAAGUACAAGUAGCCCAAGAAACUAGGAAUGUAUCUACAGGCUCUGCUGAAAAUGAAGAGAAAUCAGAAGUUCAAGCAAUCAUUGAAUCCACUCCUGAAUUGGAUAUGGACAAAGAUCUCAGUGGAUAUAAAGGUUCAAGCACUCCCACCAAAGGCAUAGAGAAUAAAGCUUUUGAUCGCAACACAGAGUCUCUAUUUGAAGAACUGUCUUCAGCUGGCUCAGGUCUCAUUGGAGAUGUGGAUGAAGGAGCAGAUUUACUAGGAAUGGGUCGGGAAGUUGAGAAUCUCAUACUAGAGAAUACACAACUAUUAGAAACCAAAAAUGCUUUGAAUGUAGUGAAGAAUGAUUUGAUAGCAAAAGUGGAUGAGUUGACCUGUGAGAAAGAUGUGCUGCAGGGGGAACUGGAGGCUGUGAAGCAAGCCAAGCUGAAGCUAGAGGAAAAGAACAAAGAACUGGAGGAAGAGCUUAGGAAAGCUCGUGCAGAAGCUGAAGAUGCCAGGCAGAAGGCAAAAGAUGAGGAUGAUAGUGAUAUUCCCACAGCCCAAAGAAAGCGAUUUACUAGAGUAGAAAUGGCGCGUGUUCUCAUGGAGAGAAACCAGUAUAAAGAAAGAUUGAUGGAGCUUCAAGAAGCUGUUCGAUGGACAGAGAUGAUUAGAGCAUCAAGAGAAAAUCCAGCCAUGCAAGAAAAAAAAAGGUCAAGCAUCUGGCAGUUUUUCAGCAGACUUUUCAGCUCUUCUAGUAAUACAACAAAGAAACCUGAACCUCCUGUUAAUCUGAAGUACAAUGCACCCACCUCUCAUGUCACUCCUUCUGUCAAGAAAAGAAGCAGCACUUUAUCUCAGCUCCCUGGGGAUAAGUCCAAAGCCUUUGAUUUCCUUAGUGAAGAAACUGAAGCUAGUUUAGCCUCACGCAGGGAGCAGAAGAGAGAACAGUAUCGGCAGGUGAAGGCACAUGUUCAGAAGGAAGAUGGUAGAGUGCAAGCUUUUGGCUGGAGUCUGCCUCAGAAGUACAAACAGGUAACCAAUGGUCAAGGGGAAAAUAAGAUGAAAAAUUUACCUGUGCCUGUCUAUCUCAGACCUCUUGAUGAAAAAGAUACAUCCAUGAAGCUCUGGUGUGCUGUUGGAGUUAAUUUAUCUGGUGGGAAGACCAGAGAUGGCGGUUCUGUUGUUGGAGCAAGUGUGUUUUACAAAGAUGUUGCUGGUUUGGACACUGAAGGCAGUAAGCAGCGAAGUGUAUCUCAGAGCAGCUUAGAUAAGCUAGAUCAAGAACUUAAGGAACAGCAAAAGGAGUUGAAAAAUCAAGAAGAAUUAUCCAGUCAAGUCUGGAUCUGUACUAGCACUCAUUCAGCUACGAAAGUUAUCAUCAUUGAUGCUAUUCAACCAGGCAACAUCCUAGACAGUUUCACUGUUUGCAACUCUCAUGUUCUGUGCAUUGCAAGUGUCCCAGGAGCCCGAGAAACAGAUUAUCCUGCAGGAGAAGAACUUUCAGAAUCUGGUCAGGUGGACAAAGCGUCUUUAUGUGGAAGCGUGACCAGCAAUAGCUCAGCAGAGACGGAUAGCCUUUUGGGAGGCAUCACAGUGGUCGGUUGCUCCACCGAAGGUGCAGUAGGAACUGCCACCUCCCCUAGUACCAAUGGUGCUUCUCCAGUAAUAGAAAAGCCACCAGAAAUGGAGGUGGAGAACAGUGAGGUUGAUGAAAAUGUUCCAACAGCAGAAGAAGCAACUGAAGCCACAGAAGGCAAUGCAGGGUCCACUGAAGAUACUGUGGACAUGUCCCAAACUGGCGUGUACACAGAACAUGUUUUUACAGAUCCAUUAGGAGUUCAAAUCCCAGAAGAUCUCUCCCCAGUCUAUCAGUCAAGUAAUGAUUCAGAUGUGUAUAAAGAUCAAAUAUCAGUAUUGCCAAAUGAACAAGACCUGGUGAGAGAAGAAGCUCAGAAAAUGAGUAGUCUUUUACCAACCAUGUGGCUUGGAGCUCAGAAUGGCUGUUUAUAUGUCCACUCAUCUGUGGCCCAGUGGAGGAAAUGUCUCCAUUCCAUUAAACUUAAAGACUCGAUUCUCAGUAUUGUGCAUGUGAAAGGAAUUGUGUUAGUGGCCCUGGCAGAUGGCACACUUGCAAUCUUUCACAGAGGAGUUGAUGGACAGUGGGACUUGUCAAACUAUCACCUGUUAGACCUUGGACGGCCUCACCAUUCCAUCCGAUGCAUGACUGUGGUACACGACAAAGUCUGGUGUGGCUAUAGGAACAAAAUCUAUGUGGUUCAGCCAAAGGCUAUGAAGAUAGAGAAAUCAUUUGAUGCACACCCGAGGAAGGAGAGCCAAGUGCGGCAGCUUGCAUGGGUCGGUGAUGGCGUGUGGGUCUCCAUUCGUUUGGACUCCACACUCCGUCUCUAUCAUGCACACACAUACCAACAUCUGCAGGAUGUGGACAUUGAGCCUUAUGUGAGCAAAAUGCUAGGUACUGGAAAACUGGGCUUCUCUUUUGUAAGGAUCACAGCUCUUAUGGUGUCUUGCAAUCGUUUGUGGGUAGGGACGGGAAAUGGUGUCAUUAUCUCCAUCCCGUUGACAGAAACAAAUAAAACCUCAGGAGCACCAGGUAAUCGUCCUGGAAGUGUAAUUCGUGUCUAUGGUGAUGAAAACAGUGACAAAGUGACACCAGGGACAUUUAUUCCCUAUUGUUCAAUGGCACAUGCACAGCUUUGUUUCCAUGGGCACCGGGAUGCUGUGAAAUUCUUUGUGGCAGUCCCAGGUCAAGUCAUUAGCCCACAGAGUGGCAGUCCUGGCACAGAGCUAACAGGUGACAUAGCAGUGUCAUCCUCUCAGGAGUCCAGCAGCCAGACACCUGUGAAGUCUAUGCUUGUCAUCAGUGGAGGAGAGGGCUACAUCGACUUCCGGAUGGGUGAUGAAGGUGGAGAAUCAGAACUCAUUGGAGAGGAUCUUCCACUGGAACCUUCAGUCUCCAAAGCUGAAAGGAGUCACCUGAUAGUGUGGCAAGUGAUGUGCGGCGCUGAGUGAUCCCCUAGGAAACAGGCAGAGACGGGGAAGCAUCUCUUCUGCAUGGCUUAUUUUCCCUUUUCCUCUUAAUUUAAUGCUCUUUUUGUGAAAUAAGUUUCACCACAUAAUGUGUGAGCAUUUUUUCCUGUUAACUUUAUAUUACAAUAUCUGUUUUUACCAUAACAAUACAGAGGAACUAGCUAUUUUACUGCACCAGUGUUAUAGGCAAUUUCAGUAUGUUGUGAACAAAUCAAAGAAUGUUUACUUUCUGCAAACUGGUGAAUUACAGAAAGCAAUCCAGAUGUGGUUUACUCUGCCGCAGUCUAAUGUCACUUACUUCAUUUGAUGGAGUCACUUUUUAGCCGUCACUAAUAAUGGAACUAAUGGAAAAACUUUAAAAUGAAGUUGUACCAUGACAUACAAUAGUAGAGUUUUCCCCAAUGUAUUAUAAAAUUGACACACACUAACACCAGAUUGAUUAUCAGGAUUUAUCUAAAUGUCCCAAGAGGGCUAAAAGCUAAUUGUAAAUUACUUAACUUUCACUUUCAAAAUUGACAAAUCUUGUUUAUAUGGUAUAUAAAACUUUGUUUUCAUCAGGUUUUGGGGGGUUUUAUAUUAAAGGAAUUAAGACUACACUAUUUAAAUAAAAGUUUCCUGUUUUUCUCUUAUUAGAGCUCCCUAAAGUAUAUGAGGCCUGCUUCUCUGAAUAUCCGGAUUUGUUUUUAGAUUUGUUUCAUCCAUUUUCAUACUGAUACAUUUAAGAAGAGGUUUAUUGUUUAGAAAACUUAAAAAGAUAUUCUGGGAAGCUCAGAGAACAGUUUAAGUACUGGAAGGUUUUUUUUAAAGGAAAUUGUGUUUGUGUCCCUUUUAACAAAGGAUGGUGGUAUUCCAUUCCGUUUUUUUCCAUGUCUGUGGACUGUUCAUGGGCUGCUUUUAUCUGUUAAUGAAAGUAAAACUGCCAUUAACAGAGUGGUGAUAAGAAUCUAGCCCAACCAGAUGAAUCCAGAAUUUGAAUUGGAAAUUUAUUUUCUUUUGUUCUAUCUGAAAAUAUCAAAUUGUACUUGGUAUUUUGGAUGUAAAUAACACAUUGAAGCUUUUGCACUCUCUUAAGCUCAAGAGCCGCCUUCAAAGAGAAAAAGUAUGUCAGGAGGGAGACAAAGCCAAGAUGUCACAGAAAAAGUCAGGGUGGACAUUACAUCUUUUCACUCACAACGUCCAUUUAAAAAGUACAUUAGAGUCUGGGUUUAACUGAUGUUUAAUCAUUUUUUAAACCAUAAUGUAGUUUUUUCCCCUUCAAGCUUCCUGAAAAUGUUUGAUUUAUCAUUUCUUAUUCAUUACUCUGUGCAAAGCUAAACAUAAGUUUUUCUACUAUUUUAAGUUUAUUAACUUAUAGAAACAUAUUCCCAAUCAUAUCAUUGGAAGGUCUGCUUCAAAGAAAAGAAAGCAAACAUAGGUCUUUUAAUUGUCUAGCAUUCUUAAGUACCAGGGAUUUUUUUUCUGAACUAUUAUGCAAAGAUGCCUGUAAAAAGAAUGUCAGUGACUCAUGCAUAUAUCUAAUUAGAUUAGAUUAUAAAGUACAUGGGGUUUAAUGAGCCCAAGGAGACUAUAGGACCCAUUUGGCCGCAUGUUGUAUAAGCAAUUGUAUACACAAUAAGGUUGUGGUCACUGUAUGUUUUAGAAGGGAAA